AUGGAGACUCUCGACUUCGUCGUCAUCGGAGCAGGAUGGUACGGUCUGGCUGCGGCCAAGACUCACCACAAGCUUCACCCCCAAAACUCGCUGGCUCUCUUCGAGCAAGCCUCGUCCGCUGGCGGAGUAUGGGCCGAGCAUCGUCUCUACCCGGGGCUCAAGAGCAACAACAUGCUCGGCACCUACGAGUACCCUGACUUCCCCAUGGACCCCGAGACCUUUGGCGUCCUGCCCGGCCAGCACAUCCCCGGCCAGGUUCUGCACGACUACCUGACCAAGUUCGCCGAGACCUUCGGCAUCUUGGACAAGAUUCGCUUCCACCACAAGCUCCUCUCGGCCGAGCACCAGACCAACGGUGGCUGGCUCUUGACGGUUCUCAACGGCAAAGACGGCAAGGAGAUCCAGGUCCUCGCCAAAAAGCUCGUCGUCGCAACCGGCCUCACCUCUGAGGCCUUCCUGCCCAACUUUGACGGCCAGGAGACCUUCGGCGCCCCCAUCUUCCACGGCAAGGAUUUCCUCCAACAUGCUGAUACUCUUGACUCGGCCAAGUCCGUAACCGUCUUCGGCGGCACCAAGUCGGCAUGGGAUCUCGUCUACGCCUACGCGAUCAAGGGCAUUAAAGUGAAUUGGGUCAUCAGAGAGUCGGGUCACGGCCCUGUGUGGAUGGCGCCCCCAUACGUCACGCCUCUGAAGAAGUGGCUCGAGAAGCUCGUCCACACCCGCGCGCUGACCUGGUUCAGCCCCUGCUCGUGGGGCGACGCCGACGGCUAUGUCAAGACGAGGAACUUCUACCACGGCACCGCCAUCGGCCGCGGCAUCACCAACAACUUCUGGAGCGUCCUCGGCAACGACGUCAUCACGCUCAACAAGCUCGACUCGCACCCGGAGCUGAAGAAGCUGAAGCCCUGGAGCGAGGCCAUGUUCACGGCGUCCAGCUUCUCCAUCCUCAACUACGAGACCGACUUCUUCGACCUCAUCCGCGACGGCACCGUCGACGUCCACAUCGCCGACCUCACCAAGCUGUCACCGAGCACCGUCCACCUCUCGGACGGCUCGUCCUUGAAGUCGGACGCGCUCUGCUGCGCCACCGGGUGGAAGCAGUUCCAGCCCAUCAAGUUCUUGCCCGAGGGCAUCGAGAAGGACCUCGGCAUCCCCCACGCGCCCUCCGCCGACAGCUUCCCUCCCGCCGAGAUGACCGAGGCCAUCGACAGGGAGAUCCUGGACCGCUGGCCCCGGCUCGGGGACCAGCCCGUCCAGAACAAGAAGAUGAAGCCGCUCGUGGAGAACGAGGGCGUCUCGACGACCGACGCCGUCAACCCGUACACGCCGCUCACCCCCUACGUCCUCCAUCGCUUCAUGGUGCCGCCGUCCUCCAAGCUCCUCGCACACCGCGACAUCGCCUUCGCCGGCGUCUUGAUGAACUUCACCGUGGCCAUGAUCUCGCACGUGCAGUCGCUCUGGAUCGACGCCUACUUCCACGACCAGCUCCCUUCUGUCCGCGAGGCCGCCUCCGACCCUCAGGCACUGCAGAAGCUGCGGUACGAGACCGCCCUGCACAGCCGGUUCUGCAAGUGGCGGUACCCCGCCGGUCACGGCGACAAGUUUCCCGACUUCGUCUUCGACGCAGUCCCUUACAUCGACCAGCUCGUGGGCGACCUGGGACUAAAGGUGUACAGGAAGAACGGCAUGAUCGCCGAGGCAUCCGAGCCGUACGGCCCCGAUGACUACAAGACCCUGGUUGACGAGUGGACGGAGAAGCAGGCCGCUGGUCAAUAA